GUCUGCGAGACGCAUGGAAUCUCAGUAGUACAACGUAACAAGGAAGAGAAGUUAGCCCAGCUGAAGCGAUGGUUGAUGGAGGUUGCGGGCGACAGACAAGAGUUGGACGGUAUGGAUGUCUCCGAUGAUGACAUCUCAGAACUCAGCCAAGAAGAUGAGGAGAUGUCUGAUGGAGAGCCGUUGGAGGAGGAUGAGUGUGAAGCGGUUCCAGACAAUUGGGAGACUCUCGAUGACAAUCCGGGGGAGGAAGAUGUUGACGGCGAACCAUGCCCACAAUGGGUCCGAAAGUUCCAGGAGAACGGAAGCCGACAGCCUCAGUUGCUACAGUUAGCAAUGAUCGGGUACAAGUAG